AUGAGCGCCAGGAACAAGCCCGCAUUACCACUCUGCAACCUAAUCAGCUUUGACAAAGCCGAGCUGCAGCCAACCUGGAGGGCUCCUAUGGACCCAGAAACACUCGCAUCUUACCCCACUAAUCUCUCCUCUUUGGUGGCUGCAUCCUUGGCUAGUGUAAGAACGGCCACAGACUUCCCAGUGCUGGAGAAGAUCUGGUUUGACAAAUUCAAAUAUAACAACGCAGAAGGGAAGUACAACGAGCAGAUGAAUGGGCCUGUGGCUGGCUCCUGCCCCCAGGAGAAUGGUGCCACCCUGAUCCUUUGCGACACUGUGAGAGCCAGAGAGAACAUCCAGAAACCCCUGGUCGGAAGCUCGGGCCCCGGGGCCUCUAGUGGGCCCAAUGGAGUAGAAGAGCUCAUCACCCAGACUGCCAGCCUGGAAGUAGAGAAUCAAUGCCUGCAACCUGCAACACACCCUCCAGAUUUGCCUGCCUGA